AUGGACUUGGGGAUCAGUGAGCCAAUAGACUUCAGUUCUGGAGAUCAUCAACAGCUGGUCCGGAAAACAGCAGAUCAUAAAACCAAGAGCAAAUCUGGUCACAGAACUUCACCUUCAUCUGAGCCAAAAAUAUCUCGUGGGCAUCCACACUCAAAGACUAGUAGCCAAGGGGAUUCAUAUGUGGUAGAAAUUUCAGAGGAGACCACCCAAGAUGACAACAAUGCUGCAGCCGGCCCAUUCUCAGACUCAUCAGUCCGCAGAGCUUUCAUUGUAAAAGUGUUCCUCAUCCUGUCAGCUCAGUUGGUGGUCACUGUGGCAAUUACCAGCGUGUUUGUUUUCUGGAAGGCUUUAAGAGUUUGGGUGCGCAACCAUGCCUGGUUCACCUAUGCAAUCUUGCCAGCAUUUUUUGUUGUACUUAUUAUACUUGCUUGCUGUGGGAAAAUCCGCCGUCAGGUGCCUGGAAAUUACAUUCUCCUGGGAGUAUUUACAGUUCUUCAAGGUCUGCUGCUAGGAGCCGUGACAGUUUUCUAUAAUGCCGAGGAAGUGUUAUGGGCAACGGCAGCAACUGCUCUGUUGACGUUAUCGCUCACUUUAUUUGCUCUUCAAACAAAAUGGGAUUUCACCUUGCUAAACGGAGUGCUGUUCGUUUUACUCUUCGUACUUUUAAUCUUUGGAAUUUUCUUAAUCUUCAUACGAUCAUAUUGGGCACAGCUGUUGUAUGCCGGACUGGGAACUGUGGUCUUCUCACUCUACAUGGUGAUGGAUGUGCAGCUCAUGGUGGGAGGGCAACAUCAUCAUUCUGACCUGGACCCUGAAGAGUAUGUUUUUGCUGCCCUGAACAUCUACUUGGACAUAAUCAACCUUUUGCUUUUUAUAUUGGAACUGAUUGGACUGCUACGGUAGUCAUGCGGCCAAGGCUGGCUUGUGUUGGGGGGGAGAGAGGGACACUGUGAAGUGUCACCAGGCUUGGACAUGCAGAGG